AUGGGAAACGGACCGUCAAAGUCGCGAUCACGGUCCAGGGGCCAAUUUGGUGACUUUUCUGCUGAUCAGGUAAAGGAGAGCAAAUCUUCUUUUGCUGGGAACACCAGCAGUUACCAAUCAGCGCCCCCACCGUAUUCUACAUCUGCCACACCAGCAACGACGCGGUCCUCUUCAAAUGACGCUGAAGAAUCAUUGGAAGACGCGCUUGAGACUCUGCGCCAUUAUGACACAGUUAUCAUCAUGGACGAUUCUUCAUCUAUGGCUGGUUCACUAUGGAAAGAGGCAAAACAGGCACUGGCCACACUUGCGGAUGUAGCGAGCAAAUAUGACGCAAAUGGUGUUGACAUACACUUCUUGAACCACCGCGGAAGCUUGACAGGAAUUAAAGAUUCCAAAGUUGUCCAUGAAGAGUUCGCCAACCUCCAGCCCCGCGGCCCAACCCCUAUCGGGCACCGCCUCGAUGUCAUCCUCGGCGAUUAUUUCCGUGACCUCGACGCUGCAAAGAGACGGGAGGACGCUGGUGACUAUUUUGCACGCAAGCAAAUCAAGCCCGUGAAUGUGAUCAUUAUCACUGAUGGAGCGCCAACGGACGAUCCUGAGAGUGUGAUUGUCUCUUUUGCCAGGCGACUUGAGGCCGAUAAGUGGCCACUUGCACAGGUUGGGAUACAGUUCGUUCAGAUAGGAUCUUCGAGACACGCAACACAGUUCCUUAGAGAGCUGGAUGAUAACUUGAAACAGACACAUCAUAUACGGGAUAUCGUCGACACAACACCCUAUAUUGGCCAACUGAAUGCUGAGAUGCUUAUCAAGGUCCUUCUCGGUGGUAUCAAUCGCCGCGUGGACACGAAGGGUGGUGCUGCGGUUAUGUGA